UACCGGAGCGAGGACAAAAAACAAUCGGGCAUCCCUCAUGCAGUAAAACACAAAGUGGAGGACCCAAAGCUAAUUUUUUAUAUUUAACACCAUUGUCAUCGACACAGACACCGCCGAAGAAAAACAUGGUUUUCUCCGGUAACCGUGGUCAAGAGUGAAGGCCCAAAGCUGGUACCAUUCUUCAAGGCCACCUGUGUGUACUUUGUGCUGUGGCUGCCCACCUCCAGCCCCUCCUGGUUCAGCGCACUGAUCAAAUGUCUACCCAUCUUCUGCCUCUGGAUGUUCUUACUGGCGCAUGGCUUCAGCUUCCUAGGUGCUAGCUCCAAUGCUCGCAAGAUCUUUGCUGGCCUCGUCUUUUCUGCUCUGGGCGAUGCCUUUCUCAUCUGGCAGGAGCAGGGCUACUUCGUCUACGGCCUUCUGAUGUUUGCCAUCACCCACAUCCUGUACUCCUUGGCCUUCGGGAUGAAGCCCGUUAAUGUGACUGCUGGCCUGGUGGUCACUGCUGUGUCUUCAGUGAGCUACCUGCUGCUGUACCCCUACCUGUCGGGACCCUUCACCUACCUGGUGGCCGUCUACAUCGGUCUGAUCGGCUUCAUGGGCUGGAGGGCGGUGGCCGGCCUGCAGCUGGCCAACGACCUGUGGACCUGGACCAAGCUGUGCGCCUGCCUUGGCGCCGUGCUCUUCAUGGUCUCCGACCUCACCAUCGCCGUCAACAAGUUCUGCUUCCCUGUUCCCCAUUCGCGCGCCAUCAUCAUGGCCACGUACUACGCCGCCCAGAUGCUGAUCUCGCUCUCUGUGGUGGAGUGCCAGGACGCUGAGGGGGCCAGGAAGAAGGCGUGAGGUGCCGUGGGGCUGGGAAUGUAGCAGCCUCCUUUCCUUCAACCCUGAGUGAUCAUGGACAUAUCUCACUGCCAGAUCCCCGGCCCGCAACCCUCAUCUCUGUGUGGCGCUCCCACACGGUUGUUACCAUGACAACAGGUUCAUUAGAUUCUUCACAUAGCUAUCAGCCUCCUGUCCCUCUAGUACGGUAGUCUCACACCUGUCGAAGAUAAAGUAUCUUCAGCCUCUCAAUCCAUCCUAGAAUGGCUGUCUCACAAUUUAGUUACCAUGGAGAGUAGUGUUAUUUACCUGCUUUAUAUAUAGAGAGUAUUAUUUUACUUUUAACUGUUAUGUUUUAAUUUAAGGGGAACAUGUCUCUGGGGACCAUCAAGGAGUGUGUGGGAGAGCAACUGUGUGUUAGUGCAUUUAUGUGUGUUUGAUUAACAUGCCUACCUCGCUUUCCACAUAGUCCCAUCACACCAAGUCACCACACUGACCCCCACCACAUCACCACACUGACCCCCACCACGCACAUCUACUUCAUAUGGUCCAAUAACACAAAUUAAAGUGACAAUAGACGACUUUUCCACAAACAAUGGCACAAUCGAUAACCUUUAUGCAAUUAAUGCAGUGACUUGGCCAAUAUGACAAAAAGCCUGCCAACUUUUAGCUACUUUUUCAUAGAAAAUAGUUGGCAACCCUGCACAGGAAACUGUAAAUCAAGCCUUAAUUUUCCCAAGGCAGACAUAAUUGCAAUUGAGGGAAAGCGAGGCUGAUAGGAAAUCAUUCUGAAUGCUGGUCGUCAUUGCACUACAGUCAUCAGAUUGCCCACCCUUUAAUUCAUAAUGGUAAGUAAAACAGCUUGUCUAUUGUCACUUUAACAUCUUAUUUUUGUAUUUUUUUGUGUUGCCUGCCUGAAACCUUGUUAAAAAGGGAUUUUUUACCAACUUUCCCUCAUUUUGCUUUGUGUUCUCUUGAAUUAAGGGUGCUAUUCUUAAAAUCAGGAGCGUAUUCACACCUGCUUUCUGAGUCCUGUGCAUUUCAUUUAAAACAAUUACAAGGCCUUUGUUCACCCCCUUUUUUAAUAUCCUCAACAAACCCACGUCCAGUCUCUGGAUGAUUGAAUUAGGAUGUCAUUGAAUAACAUGUGAAAAAUAGGCAAUGAGGUGGAAAGCUGCACACUUUGUUGACUGCAAUAACUGCUGCGUAUUGUAGAUUUAGUGAUCAGGAACCGUGGAGGUUGGUUGUUGAAGCUCGGUUCUUUCUACAGGGAUGUUAUUGACACUGCCCUGUUGUCACAAUCAGUACAUAUUAUAGUCCCAGCACACCCCUGUACACAUUUGAACAUGCCGUACAGUGCACUUGCUUCUCCUUCUGGUGUUAAGUCUUUAAGGAGAGUGUUUUUGGAAACUAGGUGCAUGUUGAAAUGCUCACACACCUGACACCUACGACCCCUGCUGCUUCGGUUAUAGGAGAAGUCCACAGGGUUCUCAAUGCUGGACUAGAUCAGCCGACCCAUGCUGUCAUUGGCCUGAGACCAUGUUAAAAAGACUGAAAAGAAAGGGCUAAGUAACUGGCUGGGAUAUUUGAAUCUAUAACCUUCUGUGUAUAUCUGGGCCUCAGAAAGACUCGCACAUAAACAUACACAUUGCCCCAGGGUAGCCUGAGUGAAAAAAUAGGAGAUGAGGGUACUGGCUUGUCAUGUGAGGGAACAGUUAUCCCAUUAUUCCCAAUAAUUCCCUCUCAAAGGACAUUUCAUCAGAUUGUAAUCCCGCAAAUCCACCAUGGCUAAUCCCCCAGCUGAUUUUUUGUCUUUCAUCUAUCACACACUUCCCGCUCUCACCUUUCAUUUGUUUCACUCUCUGCAACCAGUAAACGCCACAAUGAAGUGUCUUACAGAAACAUUGAAGAAGCAUACUGUAACCUCUUCCUCACAUGUCUGCCUAUAUGCAUGUUCGAGUGUGUGUGCAUGUUUGGAAUGUGUUUGUUGCCCUUGGCUGUUGAGUGAACAAGAGUGUACAUGUGACAAGUCAGAAAAAGACUAAAGGACAGAAAUUCUGUGAACAAUCAUAGCUUAUGUGAAGUAGUAGAUACUCUAUUGGAUAUAUUUAAUGUAUUCUCACAAGGCUUUUAAACUGUCUUUAUUCCUCACACUCAUGUUUUACAGCAUCCCCAAAUGUGUUCAUUCAAAUAUAACUUAAAGGUACGGUAUAUGGUUACAGUAUAUCAAAACUGUAACUAUAUCUUGUCUUUUAGUUGAAUUUGACCUUAAUAGUAAGCAUUUCGAUUGCUGGACAAGCCUUGUUGUGAUUAUACCCCACCUGUAACCUAAGCUACAUCACUGGCAUUAUGAUUAUUACCACUAACUGAUUGUAUACUUGAAAGAAAUCAAUGUUAUCACAAAUGUACGCCAACAAAUGUAAGUAUUGAUUACAAAAUCAUCAAAAAAUAGACUUUAAAAAAGUGUUUUAUGGUUUGGCCCUCAUGCACUUUAAUGUGAUAUAUUGAGCUGUAUAUAAAACAAACGGCUAUGGAAAAGAAGCAGACCCAUGUUGUGGGUUCCUUUUACUUGGUCAAUGACCCCUGGAGCUGUCAGUAACACACCCUCAUGCGCAACAACACACACACACAUCAAAACAUGUCUAUGCAUCACAUCAGCCACCAUGACAGAUCUGCAGGCAGACCGUGGUGUUGACACUCAUCAAGGUUUUUUGAAAAAGCUGACCAGGAAACACUCUCAGCUCAAGCUUCUAUUCCUAGCAGACCGUUUGCCCAAUAUUUCCUCAAUCUCCUUUUGGCCUGUCACCAUGCUGGUCAGCAACAUAUUUCUGCCUUGUCAGUCAGACAGGUUUCGUCAGGGUGUCUGUGUGACCAACCUUCUUCUGCCCCGUGUUUUUAUUUGUAGUCCCUGCACUGUUGAAACGCCUCCUCUGCUGUACCCUCUCUUCUCAUCUCAUAUCCAGCCCCCAGCAGAAUUUUCUGUCCACAAUCAAUUUCAGCCUUUGUGCGGAGAGACAUCCAGAGUCUUACUAGCUGAAAUGCAAUUGUCUGCUUUAUGCUGUCAUAAAUCAGGGUUUAAUGGAGUUCAAGCAAAGAUGCUGGUUAACAUGAUUGACUAUCUAGUAUGCAUCCUGAAUUAAGACCAUGAGGGAAGAACUUGAUUCAGUCGAGCUGUCUUUGUGGGAGGUUUAUGUAAGCACCACUUUCUUUGUUUUCUGCUACAUAAAGCUCCCUGACUUUAGUUCCAAAUGGCUACAUGCCAGAACACACUGAAGUAUUUCUGAGACUUUUAUGUUAUCCAAACUUGGAAGAUCUCCAAGAGAGUUGAGUUGAGUUAUGCAACAAUUCAAAUAUUGAAGCAGUAAGUUGCCAGUUAUUAUGCCCAUAUGCAAAACGGAACCAAAGUUGAAAGCACAAAAUGAACGUUUUUAUUGAGUGGAUCUUAGCAAUAAAGGCUUCUCAUGUAUCAAGCAACCUUUGUUUAGCGGGAGGCAGAGGACCCCCUCGUUGGUGCUGGAGGUCAUUUUGCCCCCCACUUACAGUAGAAAGGAGGUCAUUGUUGAGCGAUACCGUAGCUGUAAAUUAAGCGAGGAGGUGAAAUAUGACACAGGGGGAAGACUCUCCUUCCAUCCAGAUUGUUAGCUGCCAUCCUGUCCCCACAGAUGGCGGCCAGCAGGCACAUCACUUUACCUCAGCCUGUCAACAGCCCUGUUGUUCUGGUCUUUGUGUGGCAGACAAAAGGGACCUGAGAGAGCUGUGGGAGGCCUGUGUGUGAGUCAGGAGCUGAAACCAGUAACUGAAGAGGGCCCACAGUUUCACUCAGUCCUAUGAAUUUAAAAAAGGCACUUUUCUUUGAUUAAAAGUUAUCUUUUUCUUUUUGCUGCCGUUUCUCGUGAAUUGAAGCUUUGCUGUUGAAGUGCUGUGUCCAUUAUCGCGCAGCGGCGGUUGACAUUCAAAACAUAGAACCGUGAAGUUUGUUUAUCUUUACACACGCAUGACAACCAGCUUGAAUCCUCCAUGUCGUCCACAGUGAUGACACUACACUACAACUGACAGUCCUCCAACAUCAGUAUAGAUUGAUACUAUUUGUAGUAUGUACAAUUAAUGCAAUUUCCUUAUUAUGAUAUUAAUCUGAAUCUACUAUGGCCAGAAGAAGUCUUUCAAACAAAACAAUCUUUGUACUGUUUUUCUGUCUUACAUAGAGACAAUAAAGUUACUGUUUUGAUUGUUUAAGCACAAGAAAGUGACGCAUGAAUUAGCAUUUUUCUUUAAAAGGCAUGCUCUUAAAGUGUUACAAACUGUUUUGAAGAGUAAAAGCCACAAAUGUUAUAUUUUGUCACCGUGGAAAGAGCUGGAUUUGUUUUCCACAACACAUUUUUUUCUUUGAAGCAUUAUUUGACUUAUUUCUAUGAACAAAUGUUUUUCUUUUCUACCAUUAGAAUUGACCUUUGUUGUCCUUGAUUUCACUUUGUGAUUUCUUUCUUUCAUGACCGUAGAGAUGAAAUAGUUUCUUUGCUAUGAAUGUGAAUAUCUAUUGGAAAAAUAAAUGCAAUUACAAUGCAACUUCAGCACAACAUG